GCCAUUACGUCAGGACGUAAAAGAACUGGAUUUUUGAACCGGUUCAUUAAAACGAACUGUCCGAAAGAACCGGUUCGUGGUGAAGAACCGAACUUCCCAUCACUAUUGAACACUAUUGAGGUUUUAUUCUUCACCUCCGUGUCAGUAGGUGGCGCUAAACGACGCUAACUUUAACGCCAAUGUUUUGUUUUUUGGAGCGGAAUUCAAGAUGGCGGAUGCCGAAGAGCCAAAACCAGCAACCUGCACGUUUCUUUUUAAGAAAUCAAACAAGAAAUUCUCUGCUCGGAAAAGAAAAGCCAGUGACAGCGACAAAGACAGAAGCAGCGAUGAGGAGAAAAACGCCGUGGUGAAGAGAGAGAAGAAAGCAGGUUCUCACAACCCCAUGAUCCAGCGGACCAAGAAGGUGGAAAGGGAAGCGGUUUCGUCCAGCGACAGCGAUGAAGAAAGACAAUCCAAGAAGAUUACAGUGGCUUAUAAAUCCAGUCGCUCAGCCAAACCUGAGGGACCAGACGACAUGGGAGCCACAGCAGUGUACGCGUUGGACACCGAGAGAGAUAAUGACGCUCAGGCCAUCUUCGAGCGCAGCCAAAAAAUUCAGGAGGAGCUGGAGGGUAAAGAGGAUGAUAAAAUCUACCGCGGCAUCAACAACUAUCAAAAGUUCAUUAAGCCUAAGGACACCACUAUGGGUAACGCCUCAUCUGGCAUGGUCAGGAAAGGGCCAAUCAGAGCUCCUGAGCACCUGAGGGCUACAGUGAGGUGGGACUACCAGCCUGACAUAUGCAAAGAUUACAAGGAGACGGGUUUCUGUGGAUUCGGAGACAGCUGCAAGUUCUUGCACGACCGAUCUGAUUACAAACACGGCUGGCAGAUCGAGAGAGAGCUGGAGGAGGGACGAUAUGGUGCUAACGACGAAGAAAACUACGAGGUGAGCAGCGACGAUGAGGAUCUGCCUUUCAAGUGCUUCAUCUGCAGAGAGUCGUUCAAGAACCCGAUCAUAACAAAAGUUGAUGGUGAAGAUGCAGAAGCGUCAGGCCGAAGCAGACCAGCCACCUUCAGAAGAGGAAGACUAGCGUAUCUCGUCUCGUCUCCUUUUCCCCGUGUUUGUAAAUUAAUUGUCAAAAAUAAACUCUGUUUUUUCCCCAUCACGUCAGUACAGCGUAUUCUCUUUUUCUCUCUCUCUGUCUGUCUGUCUCUCUCUCUAUUUUUCUUACUCUCUUUUUAUCUCUGUUUGUCUCUCUAUUUUUAUAUCUGUUUCUUUCUCUCUAUUUCUCUCUCACUAUGUCUGUCUGUCUCGCUCUCCCUCUCUCUGUUUCUCUCUCUCUUUCUCCCUCUCUGCAUAUUGGGACACCCAAAGAGUUCACAAAGAGCCACAAUUAAAGAAACUCACUUUAGGAAACAUUUUUUUGGAGCAAAGAUUCAUUUCACUGCACUGGAAAAGCUAAGCUGGUCCUAUUUUAAAUGUAUUUACACCACAGAUUUAUAUGAACACGUCGUCUCAUUUAUAGCGACACAUUCGCAGGAAAUUGUACAACAAAAACCUCCACAUGAAAAAAAAUACCUUUACUCGUUGUUACGGUGUGUUUUCCUGUAAAGAGU